GCUCAGUGAAGGAAACUGAGGGAGAGAGGAUCCAACAUUUGAUUUCGCUACCAUCCCACGCUCUCGCUUUUGAUUUAUAUGAAAUCAACGAGCUAAUCACCUUUCCUCCAAUUCCUCUUGAGCGACCUGCCCCUAGCACGGUUUGCUUCGUUCGCCCGCUGGAGAGGGUUUGUUCCUAGCCCCUUCGCGGACGGCCCCGCUUGGCCUCUGGCGGGGCCCUUCCUCCCCUCUUGUUUACUGCUGGGGCUGGGGAGGAGAAGCGACAGCGCAUCUGCUCAAUUUAAAUCGGCCCUUUCCAACUCUGCUACUCUGCAGCCCAAUCUCCAUGCAAAAGAGUGUCGUUUAAAGGCUACAGCCCUGUAAUUCACGUCGCCCUUCUGCGCUGCACGCCUUCCUGCAAGACAGCUCGCUCCGGUUCCUGUUUUGCCCCGUCCUUUGCCUCCGUGGCGUGGCUACGGUUGCGAGCGAGCCUGCAAGCAGAAGUGGCUCCGGCGAGCUGAACGCGUGGUGCGUUGUUUAUCUGCCCCUCAUGCCCUCGCGCUGCCGCGUCCCCGCCCCGACGGUUCUCCCUUCGCCUACGCAGAGGCCGUCGCAGGCACUGAGCUACGGCAGAAACUCGCAGAGGGAGCUAAAGUCACGUCACGCGCUGUAAAUCAUCGCCUGCAGCCGUCUUACUUCAUUUACUGAGCUCAGGCAUGGGCCGAUGUUGGCAGCUACUGUGUCCCAGCUGCUCCCCGCUCCCAGCUCUGCUGGCAGGGGUCCCUGCAGCUGCGUCCCUGCAAAGUCCGGAGUGCGGUUUGCACCCUCGGCUGUGCUGGGCCCCAGCAGCGUGGGCUCGGCGGAGCCUCCCUGGGCAUGGGGACACCUUCCCAGGCUGGAGCCAUUCCCCGUGCAGGGCUGGGGCUCCCUGCUGCCACAGCCGGAGCAACAUCAAGCUAAUAAUGCUUUUUUUUGCAAAUUUGAGGUCCGCUUUAUGCAGUUAAGUCAGGCUAAUCCCAAGGUGCAGGGCCCAGAUGUCCCAGUUGAACGAGAGCAGCUGGUCAGCCUUGCCGUGGGAUGCACCAGCCGGGUGCUGGGGUUGCACGUGAGCCAGCGUGUCACUGGCUACGCAGCUCCACCAUGGACAGACCAGCCCGAGAUGCUCUGAGCUGGCAGUACUCUUCACUUGGUAGCAAAGAGCGACCCCAAACUGCGGUGGAUUAAGCCAUUCAAUGGCUCUGUUGUGCACAAGAGCAGAUGCAGCGUAGGACAUUUUCCAGCAGCCUUGUUUACAUAUGUAAAUACAUGCAAUGUGCUGAGGAGAUGUCUAGAUUGAGCCUUAGACAGCUGCCUGCUGAAUGAGUGCGGUGCAAGUGCCACUUGCAAGUUGGCAAGGACAGGACCCAGUCUCUCCCCGCAAUAUUCCUUGGUCUGUGGUUGUGUCUUGCAGAGUAUCAACCUGACAGCUUAGUUCACCUCUUGCAAAGGGGGGUAUUUUUAGGUCUUAACCGCUACACUGAUUGCGGCCAGCAUUCAGCUGUGUGAGUUGCAGCAUGAGAAGGUCAAGAGGAUUGUCUCCCUAAAAUCGCAUUAUAGCAUCGCUUUAGGGACAAUCCACAUGGAUGCCGUGCUGCAUAACAGCAGAGCCUCAGGUUGCUCAACAGGGGUUAAGCCUUGCUCACCCAAAAGGAGAGGCAGGCACCGACUCCUGGCCAGCUCAGCUGCUUGUGGCCUUCGCCAAAAACACUUUGGGGGACUUUGCCACAACCCGACUGCUGAGUCAGCAGUGUGCCCAUCUGAGCAGCUCUAACCUGCGCAGGGCCAAGCCGGCUCCCCGUCCACCUAACGGAGGAGAGGGAUGAGGGGUUGUUGGCCCAAGGAGCAUUGUUUUGGCCUCACAGACAUGCUGGAUACCCAAAGGCACAAGGCUGAACUGCCUGGCCUUGCUCUGGGGCUAGACGACCUGGCUUCAGCCUGCAGCAAGAUCUUCAGCAAAUCACUUCUGUUCUCAUUUCUCUAAAAUAGUGCUACCUCCGCAUUGCACAGCAUUGGAGAUCUACGGGUGGAGCAUGCAAAGGAGAAAUAUAAUCUCGGUUAAAAGCUAAUUAUCAUAAAUCUGUUGCCAAAGGAAGCUUAAAAGUGUGAACCAAUUGCAUGUGCUAAUAUGCUUUGGAUAAUGCAUGGCCAGAAUGUAUAAUUAGGGCCUGUUUGCAGCAUGACUACCUCUGUUUACUGGAUGAUAUUUCUGGCUCAGGCAGGUCCUGUAGUUGCCCAUCCACGUCUGGCUCAUCUGCUCGUGUCAGUAACUCUCCAGUUACAUGCAGGAAAAGCCAGGUCUCUGUGGCAAAGGAAAGGUAGUGCCUCCAUCAAGAUGGCUUGUACUAAGUUUGGCGGAGAAAUUCCUCCUGGGGGAGAGUAGGAUUAGAGAUGCUCCACCACCGCCUCUGUGUUUUGGCCAGCAUUAAGUACAGACCUGUGCUGAGACCUCACUAGGAUCUUUAUAUGAAGAGAUUUACCAAAAGGAGGAUUAAAAACCCAGAACACAUUUCUGUAGCAAAGAAAACAAGAAUUGGCAGUUGUGGCCUGAGCCCUGCAGGUAGUUUGGCUAGAGAAGAACCACGGGCUAAUACUUUCACCUCCUAUUUCAGCACGGUAAGGCUCUUUUCACCUUCAGACACACUGUGAAAUGGUUCAAAACAGGGUUUAGUCACAGACUAAAAGCAAAUACCACAUGCAUGUUCUUAAUCUUCUUUUAAAUGCCUGCUUCCAGUCAUUUGGAUACUUUCUUAGACCAAUCCCAAAAGAGAGUCCAGUGGUGUCACUUACCAAAGGGGAUUUGAUAUCUUUGUAGGUGUCUUUGUAGGUGUUUGGGGGUGUGGGCAGACCCCCCCCCUGUAAGACAGAACAGCAGCAGCCUUUUUUUCUAGGUUGGAGAGAAACACCUUUGGGACUGAUACCUCCUUUGACAGGGAGUUUUCCCUUGAAGAGCCACCCCUGUUCUGGUAAAGUCAGGCAGGUGCGUGUUUGGUUUUGGAUAAAGGAGCUUGUCAAGGCAAUGCAAGAAAAACUUGUGGAACUAGAGGCAAGCACAGAGUUCCUGAGGUGCUGCUUUAACCACAAGCCAGUUUUGCUUUAGGCUUCAGACAGCAUCCACCAGCCUCUGCGUCUCUCUCUCUCACAUACCUAUCAUUUCAGGCCUUCUCAAGUCCUAAUAUCAUGUGCCAGUUAAUGAAGUCUUGGGUUCACAUCUCAUUAUCACCGGGGAGAACUCAGGCUUUUCUUGCCAGCCUAGGCAUAUGCUGAAAGAGCUGCUGGAGGUACGAAUGGUCCUUCUAGAAGUCAAAGUAAGUGCUACCAUGCCCAGUUUGCAUGGCUGUGGUUUUCAGUCAGCUCAGGCAGUUCAGCUGACCCACCUCUGCUGAGGAAGAUGUGUGCACAUAGUAGCAUUUCCAAGCCGUGAAAGUUCCUCAUCUGAUUUCAGGAACUGGACAAAAAUUGCACAACUUGGCAAAACCCCAGCUCACCAUCACUGCCCCUUCUUGCCCCAUCUGGUCCCCGUGCCUUGUUCUGGACUGCAGGAGUGAGCUUCCUGCCAGCUCUUUGUGUGUCCCGCCACAAUUGCAGCAUGGCCUUGGGUUUUUCCAAGCCUCAGUUGCGAUCCCAGGGCUCUCAUCUGCCUGCCUGUUGUCACAGAGAAAAGCACCACCCUGGAGAUCCUUCCUGCACCCAAAGGGCAGCAGGGUGCAGGCUUAGGACAGGCUAUCCAGGUGUGCUGAGCAGAGUGGGGUGUCUGCCACCGAAAAACCUCUAAUCGCUGUUCCUUCUUUGAGCAAUUGAUUGACCCUCCCAGUAGAAGCCCAUGUAGCAGAUAGGUUAGCCUUCAAAUGCACGAUUUGGGGCAGAAAAUAAGAAACAUCCAGGUUUUGUGUCUAUGUCAGCUUACUUACAAAGCCUGAGCAUUACUUACAGCCUCCUCCUGCCCUGAGGCUCUCUUGGACCGGACUGACACUGAUAAAAGCUUGGUGAGUGCUAGUGAGUGCCAAGGGCAUCAUCUUCCACAUUCCCCAUGCGCAGCGCAUUACAGUGAUCUGUCUAGGCAUGGCUUUUUGCAGUGGGAUGCCACGGCUGUAAGAAAGAGCCACUGGUUUCCAACACCCCCUGAUAGCCCAGUGUGCCCCCUAACGCUCAUGUCCACGAGGCAGCACUGAAGCCUCAGGUGCUCUCUGAGACCACGUGCAGCUCAAAGCCGAGCAGCGCUGGAAUUUGCCCUUUGAAGUUCUCAGCUCAAAGAAGCAAGCCUCAUUUAAAAGAAAAAGGAGAAAAAAAAAGAAGAAACCUUGCACUGUGAUCCAGCAGAAGUUGCACGUUCUUCAUGUAGUUUGUGAACAUGAAAAGGGCCGGUCCCUGGGUGGGGAAGCCAAAGCUGCAGAAGGAGGGCAGACAGUGGUAGUGUUGCUUGGCCAUUUUCUUCUAGUGUGGGGCACCACAUCCACUACCUGGCUCACAGGUAGUUCUUGGUUCACUUUUAACUAUAUAGUUAAGGGGCCGCCUCACAUGAGGUUGCCACGCUCUGGGCUUAGAAAGCAGCAUCGUAGCACUGCAUUUCCUGGUAGAGAAACUCCCAUUCCUGGUAGGGUUAGGGCCAGGUUGGCAUGGAUGAAUAGAGGCUCCCAAAUCCCAGGGUUUGUGCAUGUUGCUCCAAGUCUCUCUGUCUUUCACCAUAAGUCGCUUGCAAGCCCGUAAGGCAUGUAAGGUGCCAGUCUCAGAUCAACAUAUGGGGGCAGGCAGCCGCAUAAGCCAGCACAACAACCCUUGGAGAACAGUGGGGUGAUGAUGGCAUUGACCAGCUGAAGAGACAGGAGACUCAGACACAGGUCCUUAUUUUCCCCAGUCUCUGGCGAUAGUAAGGAACUCACUUAGUGGCUCUGCUGCCCAUGUGCAGAGCACAGCAUGGUGACACAUUUAGCGGAGUGGAAACAGCUGCUGGUGAGGAAAUCCAGCUACAGCCCAGAGCCUGCUGGGCCUUCAGGUGCCUUUCCAGUCCAGUAGCCCAGCUGUGGAUAAGCCAGCACCUCCCUCUACUGAUACAAAACCCUCGUGUUUUCUUUUAGAUUCAAAAAAGCUGCUGCACCACAUCUGCUGAUGAGCGUGCUCACACCAUGUGUCUAGAGCGGGGGGUUCAGAAGUGCCAGAGGAGGGGGACACCACUGCUCCUCCAUCACCCUGAGCCUUAUUGCUAGCGUUACCUUUUCUCCAUAUCUCUUCCAGAUGUCCUUCUUCUUCUCGGACAAGGUGGUGCUACUGUUUGAUUUUUGGAGUGUCCAUAGCCCUGCAGGGAUGGUGCUUUCUGUGCUGGUCAUCCUGCUGCUCUCUGUGCUUUAUGAAACAGUGAAGAUUGGCAAGGCCAAGGUGCUGCAUCGGACAAUGCUGGCCAUCCCGCGCAGCCUCAGCCAGGAGUCCUUGGCAGAGCGGGACGAGGGGGCCGAUGACACCAGCUGGGGGCAGCACGACACUGCGCAGGGCAGGUGGUUUCUGUACCAUGUCAGCCAGACGCUGCUGCACGUGAUACAGGUGGUGGUGGGUUACAUGGUGAUGCUGGCUGUCAUGUCAUACAACGCCUGGAUCUUCCUCGGGGUGAUCGUGGGCUCUGCGCUUGGUUACUUCGUGGUGUUCCCACUGCUCAACGUGGGCUAGAUGGGCUGGGACCCAUCCUUGUGCCACCACUGUGGGGAGGCAGCCCUUCUGCUGGGAAUGCGGCUGAAGAAGCUGGAGGACAUGCUCAAGGCCUCCACCACGGCAAGUUGAGCUGAGGUCAAGAGGAAACGUGACGUCUUGUCUUCUACUUUUCUUAAAUAGCUGCUGUCACUUUUUCUGGGUCUGUCCUUAUCCCCUUGCUGUGCAGAACAGCAGCCCAAGGACCUCCCACUGCAACCCUUGCUGCCGGCAGGAUUGAGGUGGGGAGGGAGACUCAGGGGGAGAAAAAAUCCUAACUGAACUGCCUGUCACUGCUCUGCUGCACUGCCACACUCCACCACCCAUGCCGUCCUUGGCCACAUGGCCAUGGCUGUCCCCAUCUCAGGGACCUUUAGCUGUGGGAUAAAGGGAGCAGCUGCAGCUCAGGGUGCAGGUUGAGCAGAUGAUGAGUGCAGUUGGGGGAGCUGGGCAUCACCCUUCCCCCGCCCCCCUUCUGAGGGGGUUUGGUUCUGGCUGGCUCUUGGAUGCUCGGUUUAUCUUUAUAAAAUGCUCAGGGAAGGAGAAGCUUUGGGGAGAAGCAGGUGAGGGGUUAUGGCAUGCCAGCAUCCCCCCUGUGCAGAGCAGUCCUGCCUCCAACCCCCUUCACACUGUGCCUUUUGCAGUCCCAGAGAACAAGCCAUGCACAAGCAUGCCCAGAUGCAUAUAGCACUGCAGGCAGAGACAUGGGUGGACCCCAACUCACCUCUGCACUUUUAGCACUUCAGGGAUCAGGUCAAUGUAGCCGAAGAUGAGCUGCUGUCUCUAGUGCAUCCAUCUGCACCGAUGCAUUCAGUAUGGUGAUGCUGAUGCAACAGACUCCUGAUGGGUGCAUCUUGCUUCUUUCUAGAGAUGCCUGUUUUAAUAAAAGCAUCUCAACA